AUGGCUCCGUCCGGUUUUCCAGGGCUCGGUCUUUUCAUCCUCUUCUUCUUCUUCUUUGCAUUUUCCCCCACUGUCCAGGCUCAGAUGCCCGUCUCCACGUCGUUGCCACCCGUCUCUCAAGAGCCGCCAUCGUCACCGACAAAUCCACCCGAUACACCUCCGACCCCAUUCACGACCACAGAGGUAUACACGCCAUUUGCGCUCUGUGCGACAGGAGGAGGCGACUGGUACAUCGACCCGCCCACGGCGACUCGACUGGCGGAUCUGUUCUGCGAUGAGGUGCAUAAGCCGGGAAAUCUCCCUGCGCAAGGGAAAGAGUUCGACCUGAACGAAUAUCCCACCGACCUCAUCGCGCUCACCGCGAACGACACCACCACAACCGACCACAACAACACCAUCCUCGCCGGCGCCGCCGACACGCUCAAACGGGCCGACAAGGAAGACCUGAGCAUGGACGUCGCGACAAUCGCGCCAAACUACACCCUCACGGAACUGUCCGGGAUCAUCAUGGCGCUGCGGCUGUUCCGGUGGAAAGACACCGUGCUCGACGACGUCACGUACGCGUCGGGCACUCAGGCGCAGUGCGACCAGGACGCGCAGCAGGACCAGUGCCGCGCGGGCCUGCGCCGCGUCAUCGACAAGUGCCAGUGGAACAGCCACUACUUUGGCGGCGUCAACUUCUGGAUGACGGGCUGCGGCAUGUACGGCGUCCAGGUAGCAAAUUGCUCGGGCAACUGGCUCGAUCCGAACUGCGACCUGUGGCAUCGCAAGUGGCCGGAUGUUGGCAGCGGGCCGGAUCAGUCGCUUCUCACUACCUUGGCGACGUCGUUUACUGCAUCGACGGCGAGGGCGUGA